AUGGCCACUAUGAGGAGCUCUCUGUCGCUAUGGCGGAGUGCUGCGCCUCGUUUAGCCAAGGAUUUCUUCACACCGCGCGAAUGCAUCCGGAGUCAAGGCUACCUAGCCAACACAGUCCGUCAAAUUAGUACCCCAUCUCGUCAAGCCAGCAAGAUACAAUCAGCCCUGCUGAACGACAAGAAACGCCAAUUCUUCACCUCCAGCCUCAAGCAAUCGACCGCAGCACCGGCUGUUGCAGAGGCAAUUGGCGCGGGUUCCGCGAAAGCCAAGUCAAGCUUCCCCAAAAUCAGCGACAAGGCCGUUGCCUACUGGCUUUUGGGCAGUGCGGCCAGUGUAUUCGGCAUUGUGGUCUUCGGUGGUUUGACGCGAUUGACAGAAUCAGGAUUGAGUAUCACCGAAUGGCGACCUGUUACCGGCUCACUCCCUCCCAUGAACGCAGAGCACUGGGAGGAGGAGUUCUCCAAGUACCGUGCAUCUCCCGAAUUCCAAUUGCUUAACCCCAACAUGACCCUCUCCGAGUUCAAGUCGAUCUACUACAUGGAAUGGAUUCACCGGCUCUGGGGCCGAUUCGUCGGAAUCUCCUUCGUGGUACCCGCAGUCUACUUCGUCGCAAGAAAGAAGGUCUCCACGCCCAUGGCCUGGCGUCUCUUCGGCAUUGCCGGUCUCAUCGGUUUCCAGGGCUUCAUCGGCUGGUGGAUGGUCAAGUCUGGCUUGAAAGACGAUCUCUUUGCUCCGGGCAGUCAUCCCCGAGUAAGCCAGUACCGUCUGACCGCCCACUUGGGAGCUGCCUUCACUUGCUACGUCGCGAUGUUGUGGAACGGUCUUGCCAUCUUGCGCAGUCAUCGGUUGAUGGCCGACGCCGCUGCCGGAAUUAAGGAGUUGAACGCACUGCGCGACCCGAAGCUGGCCUUCUUCCGCCGCUCCGUUGCUGGUAUCGCCCUUUUGGUCUUCACAACCGUCAUCUCCGGAGGUCUUGUCGCUGGCCUCGAUGCCGGUCUUAUCUACAACGAGUUCCCAUUCAUGGGUAAGGGCUUGGCCCCUCCCAGCGAGGAGCUGUUCGAUCCCCGCUACUCUCGCCACGAGGACCGCUCCGAUCUUUGGUGGCGUAACAUGCUCGAGAACCCUUCUCUUGUGCAGCUUGACCACCGUAUCCUUGCUAUGAGCACUUUCACCGCUAUCUGUGCCUUGAUGGUUUACACCCGCCGCUCGCCCACAAUGAAGCGGUACCUACCGGCACCCGCCAGAAAGGGUGUGCACGGCGUGUUCAUGUUCGCCUGCUGCCAGGUCGCACUCGGUAUCAGUACUCUACUCUACCUCGUUCCCACUCCUCUUGCCUCCGCCCACCAGGCUGGUAGCUUGUUCCUCCUCACUUGGGUCAUGGUCCUGGGCAGCCGGGUUUGGCACCCAUCACGCACGGCCAAGUUGUUGCAGAUGGCCAUCAAGGCUCGUUCGGCGCAGCUUAAUGGCACUGCUGCCUCUGCUGUGAAGAGAAUCUAA